AUGCCAUCAAAAAUAAUAGUUUCUGGGGAAGAUGCGUUUCUCGUAUUCCCUCCAAGUACUUGUACACCGCGAAUAGGUGCGCUCUACUAUAAUGAAAAACCUGAAGGACGGCUCGUAGCCUUAGGUUCUUGCCAUAUAUUUUUCGAUAAGUAUAUUGACCACGACAGCAAUGAUAAAUUAAGAGAAAUUAUUAUGGAUUUUCUAAUGGGCCAAGACAGCUUGGUGUUUACCGCUGCAGAUUAUGAUAAUAAUAUUCACUUAACGGAUCAUCAUAUAGUACCAGAAACAGCUAUGCUUGCUGAGAAGCCCAAUCUAUGUUUGAGUGAUACAGUGUUCCAGAAUAUCGUAGAUUACUCAAAAUUGUUUGACCACAAAAUGUACUAUAUGAAUACUAUGCUGGUUCCGGAAACUAUUAAGUUAUAUGAAGAACUGGGAAUAAAGCACGAACCUUUACGAAUUAUAACUCCAAAAUUUGAAGCUCCUUAUCCUCCUCUACAACCAGCAGUAUUCCCACCUUCAUUUAAAGACUUGCCACCGCCACCUUUGGAGCUUUUCGAUUUGGAUGAUGCUUUUAGCUCCGUUUUUACAAACUUGGCCCAAUUUACUAAUUCAUUUAUGAUGAAUGAAUCUAAUAGUGAUGAGAAUCUUGAAACCUUUAUUAUAGAAUGUUCGAGGAUUUUAAAUUUCGAGGAAACGAUUGACGCUAAGGAGAUCCUGUAUACAAUAGGUUCGGAAAUUUCAGAUUUUAAAAGUAUUGAAACUAUAAAAUAAGCUAACUAUACUAAAUUUACAAUCAAGAUGCAGUAGAAAUAAACAAACCAAGACACGUUAAAUGCUACUAGGAGCACUCCCGAAUCAUAAUU